AUGUUCUUCUCCCAAAAGCUCAUCGCGGCCGUCGCCGCCCUCCCCGCCAUGACUUCGGCCCACUACUUCUGGCCGCAACUCAUCGUCAACGGCGAAACCUCCGAGCAAUGGGAAUACGUCCGCGAAACCUCCCAGGGCUACGAACCCCAAUACACCCCCGACAUCCUCACGUCCAACGACCUUCGCUGCAACACGGACAGCCUCGCCGCCGCCGCCAACACCAAAGUCGCCUCCGUCGCGGCCGGCGACACGGUCUCCUUCGUCACCGACUACGGCGCCAAGGUGCAGCACCCGGGCCCGCUGACGUUCUGGAUGUCGCAGGCGCCGGGCGGCGACGUAACUACGUACGAUGGCUCUGGCGACUGGUUCAAGAUCGGCGUCGUGGGUUACGACACGCCGUUCGACUCGACGGGCACCAACUGGCGCGCCUACGAUGAGGGCACGUUCAACGUGUCCAUCCCGACGACGGUGCCGAAUGGCCAGUACUUGCUGCGCAUCGAGCAUAUCGGCCUGCAUCGCCCGUCGACGCGUGAGAUGUUCUUCAACUGCGCGCAGAUUGAGGUGACGGGGUCGACGGCGACGGCGGUGCCGGGCGAGACGGCGAAGAUCCCCGGCAUUUACAGUGAGAGCGAUGAGUGGGUGUCCAAGUGGAGCAUGUACAGCAGCCCGACCAGCUUCCCGUACUCUGGCCCGGCUACUGUUGAUGGUGGUGUUUUUGAUUCUCAGGGCUCUGAUUCUGCUUAA